AUGGAGAUCCAAAAUAGGCGACCACGAACGGUUCAGAUUCAUGAUCAAGAAAAUAUAUAUGCUAAAGGUAAAAUAAAUUUGGCACUUCCAACAAAACGCCAAGGUUUGAGUGUUCGGAGUGCUCUUGAUGAACUCAAUACUAAUGUGCAAUCACAACGCGAUGUAAAUGUUGGAAAAACAGCCGCUGCCGCUGCAGAAAAUGAGAAAAAGUCUAAUGGAAAUCGUAAUACUGUUCGAAGUAAUUACAACCAUGUACAAUCAAAAAUAGAUACAGGACUAGCAAGUAAGCCUGUUGUGCAGCCAUGUUCUAGACCACCUCUGAGACGAGAGGAGAGCACUGCUGCGCAUGCUGCAAAGGCUGCUGCUCGGACAAGGGCUAUCUUAAAAGACACGCACAAUAAGCCAAAUGAGAUCAAAGAGUCACUCAAUAUUUAUGUGCAGACCAAGAAAAAACAAGAUGUUAAAAAGGUUAAUAAACUACAUGUAGUUAGGGAGAUAUCUAAAGAAUCUAAAAGUAUAUUAAAACCUAUCCUCAAAGAUCCAUCAGAGUCAUUAGGAAAACUUAAAUUGUCUGAACCUUCAAGCAAGAAAAAAGAAGAGACUUUAAAUAAAGAAAAACCAACAAAGCAAAUAGUACCAUCAACACCUACACUACCUGAUGACAUAGAAGAUAUUGAUGCUAGGGAUAAUAAUAGCCCACUUCUCAUGUCAAUGUACAUUAAAGAUAUUUAUGAAUAUUUAACAGAAUUGGAAGAAAAAUACCCUAUUGAAUUUGAUUUCCUAAGUAACCAGACUGUGAUCACUGGAAAAAUGAGGGCAACUCUUAUCGAUUGGUUGGUAGAAGUCCAACGUCAAUUCUCCUUAGUUUUAGAAACAUUCCAUCUCACAGUUGGAAUCAUUGAUAGAUAUUUACAGGCAGUACCAAAUGUUCAACGGAAUCGACUGCAGUUGAUUGGUGUAACAGCUAUGUUCAUCGCCAGCAAGUAUGAAGAAAUUUAUGCUCCUGAUGUAGGUGACUUCGUCUAUGUGACUGAUAAUGCCUACAGCAAAGCAGAUGUUUUCCAGUGUGAGAGAGAUAUCAUGUCAAAACUUGGAUUUUGCCUUGCACGACCUAUACCACUCAGUUUUUUGAGAAGGUUUGUUAAAGCAGCGCAUGGGUCAUCUAAAAAUCACCACCUUGCGAAAUACUUUGUUGACCUCAGUCUUGUUGAGUAUUCAAUGGCCCACUAUCGACCAUCGGAGCUGUCUGCCGCUGCAAUUUGUCUUUCCCUACACUUGCUUUCAAACAAAUCUCUUUCUGAAGUAUGGACGCCAACACUUUCGUAUUACUCAGGAUAUUCUUUAGAGCACAUUGAUCCUAUCAUUAGAAAGUUAGCUAAAAUCGUCAUCAAUGUCGAAAAUUCCAAACUUAAAGCGGUUUAUAAUAAAUAUUUGGACACAACACUAGCUAAAGUAUCUAGUUUACCACAGUUGAGAGGAGAAGCUAUUUAUGAACUGGCAAAAAUUCCCUCGAGUUCUUAA